AUGGGCUGUUGUAAUAGUGAGUUAAGACGUCAAAAAUAUUUGCAUAUCACUCAAAAGGUUCGUGAGUCAAUUGAACGAAAUAAUGCCAGAGGCUUAAAAGAAUUUAUUCACAUGACUGAUACCAAUUCAAAGUCAUCAGAAUCGUCCAUGAUAGAUGAACCAAUCAUAACUAUCAAAGGGAUUUCGCUCAACGCUCUUGCAUAUGCUCUAUACCUUGGCAAAGCCGAUGUAUUUAAGCAUCUCUGCUCAAAGAUGGGCGCCAGCAUCCAAGAAAUGUGUUCUUUACUCGAAAGACAAAAAAUAAAUGCACUUGAGUUUAUUUGCCAAAAAGGCCACACGGAAAUUUUAGAGUGUUUUUUGCCUUAUUACUUAUCGAUGAAUAAAGAAACUGUUAUUGUCCAAGAAGAAAGUAUUACUAUAAAUUUCAAUACAAACCAGGCAAUGGAAACACCUCAACUGAUAACUUAUACAGCAAUCCACAUGGCUUGUGAACAAGGUCAUAUCAAUUUAAUUAGUUAUGUAUAUAAUUACUUCAAAACUUCACCAUAUUGUCCUUAUCAGCUUGAUAUUGAUUUUCAAGACGAUUUUACUGGAGAAAACUGCGCUUUGAUUUCUUGCAGAAACGGGAAUUAUGCAAUGAUGAAAUUUUUGAAUGAAAGUUGCCAUGCAAAUUUCAGAGUCCUUAAUAAAAGGAACGAAAAUGCUAUACAAGUGGCAGCUGCUGGCAGCAAGAAGAAGCCUACAGCAGCGUUUUUAGAGUGCUUUUCUUAUUUGACUGAAAAUAUUGGCAUAGAUAUCACUUAUAUGCAUGAAGAAACACUUUUGUUGUUAGAAGACCGUAAUUUGAUUAAAUACGUGGAAAAACAGCUGCAAAAUCGUGGAAUAAAUGUGACGAAAACUCAAAUAGAAAAAAGGAAUAAAAUUGUCAAGCCUCACAUCCCUAAAACAUUAGAAGAGCUAAAACUUGACCGAGAAUUUGAGGAUAAUUUCGACUUGCGAAAAUGUCUUGAAAAUGAAGACCGUGCCAGACAAAGCAUGAUGAGCUCAAUAAAUCCGCUCGAUUCUAAUAUUGAGACUCCAUUUAUGAGUACGAAUGAGUUCAGUCCUCAAGGGUAA